AAAUUCUAUUUUCUUUCUCUUUUCUCUCUUCCUUUCUCUGUCUCUCUCAUUCAUGGUGGAUCUUCCCCAGGCUCUUGGCAUCUCCUUUCGAAAAUUCUUCAAAUCCUACAAAGCAUUCUUCAAAAAAUGGCAUUCCAAGGUCAAGAAUGCUAAGAAGGAUACCGAUGUUACUGAUUCCACCUCUGAUGCUGUUGAUAAUCGACCUUCUAAGGAUCAUGAAGAAGUUAAAAAAGAAGGACCGAGGCCGAUCAGAGGCGUUCAGAGCUUUAGAUAUGGAGGUCGGAGUAUGCGAGAGAAUGAUUCGACGAGUCUCAGGCCUCGAAGCUAUGACAGCGGAUUCUCUUAUCUGUCUCGAAAUGCAAGUCGGAGAGGUCAAAAUCCGUCGUCGACGUCUCAGUUUCGGAGCCUGAGCCGGAGGAGCUCUGGACCGGUGGCGUCUCGAGUGAGCAGCGGGCGGAGAAGCAUCGAUUCGAUGCCGAUCAUGUUCUCGAAUUCCUCCGGCGUGCUGAAGCCGGCGACGAUCGAGAAGCAGCUCGAAUGCACGCUGGAGGAGCUCUGCUUUGGGUGCAUGAAGAAAAUCAAGGUUACAAGAGACAUCCUCUCGAUCACAGGGCAACCAAUUGAGGAAGAGGAAAUGUUGACGAUAAAAGUAAAGCCAGGGUGGAGAAUGGGGACGAAGAUAACAUUCGAAGGAACGGGGAACAAGAGGUUAGGUAGUUACCUAGGCGACAUGUCGUUCGUGAUAGCUGAGAAGCAACACGCAUACUUCAAAAGAGAAGGCGACGACUUGGAGCUAACCGUGGCGAUCCCUCUAGUAAAAGCACUAACAGGAUGUACCAUUUCAGUGCCUCUAUUGGGAGGAGAAACAAUGAUCUUGGAGACAAACAAUGUCGUUUGGCCUGGUUACGAGAAGCUCAUUAAAGGCCAAGGUAUGCCUAAACCUAAACACGAGGAUAAGAGAGGCAACUUGAAAGUAAAGUUUUUGGUCGAGUUUCCAACCAAAUUAACGGAACAACAACGAUCGGAUCUUUUUCAAAUUUUACGAGCUUCUGAAUAUCCAAGUUAAGGAAGAUGGAUUUAGGAAACCACUAAUCUUUGUUUUUACACGAGAAGAUUAGGGCUUUUGUUUAUAAUGCUCAAUUCUCAUAGGCCCGAACCCAAACUCUCCCGUCGGUUGGUUUGUAGGACUCUUCUUCCUAAU